GUAGCAGUUAACUAGGAACCAGCAAGGGGUUUAGACCAGGGCACUUCCGGGUGUCUUUAACUAAUGUAUGGUAGUCUGGGUAGGAGGAGGAGGCAGGAAGACUGGAAGCUGUUUUGGUAAAGCUGGCAGAACAUGAAGACGACUCACCAAAAAGGAAAGGGAGAAUUUUACUCCCCAUCCCAAGUGUUCUCUUGUGAGCCCUCUUCUGUACUUACUCCCUGGAAAACAAGGUAUAGAAAGAACACCUAUCUUUUCAUCUACUACCUAAUCCAGUUCUGUGGCCACUCAUGGAUAUUUACCAAUAUGACAGUCCGAUUCUUUUCAUUUGGAGAAGAUUCCAUGGUUGACACUUUUUAUGCUAUUGGCCUUGUGAUGCGGCUUUGCCAGUCCCUUUCCCUCUUGGAAUUGCUGCAUAUAUAUGUUGGCAUUGAACCAAGCCAUCUCCUUCCUAGGUUUCUGCAGCUCACAGAGAGAAUAAUCAUCCUCUUUGUGGUGAUCACAAGUCAAGAGGAAGUCCAAGAGAAAUAUGUGGUGUGUGUUUUGUUCAUCUUUUGGAAUCUGUUGGAUAUGGUUAGGUACACUUACAGCAUGUUAUCAGUCAUAGGAAUAUCCUAUGCCAUCCUGACCUGGCUCAGUCAAACACUGUGGAUGCCGAUUUAUCCUCUGUGUGUUCUCGCUGAAGCAUUUGCCAUUUAUCAGUCACUGCCUUAUUUUGAAUCAUUUGGCACAUACUCCACAAAGCUGCCCUUUGACUUAGCGAUCUAUUUCCCCUAUGUGCUGAAACUCUAUCUCAUGAUGCUCUUUAUAGGUAUGUAUUUUACCUACAGUCAUCUUUACUCCGAAAGAAGAGACGUCCUCCGCAUCUUUCCCGUGAAAAAGAAGAAAGUGUGAAGCACGGCGCUCUGAUAUUACCAGGAAAAACCAGGCUUGUGGAUUCCGCUGCAGUAAACGGUACCGUGGUGGAAAAAUACCUGGUAUUCGACAAAAAUCCACAACAGAAUUGUUCUCCUCAAACUUGAGACGUAUCACGGCACUCUGUUAUUCUCACAGGUUUUCAAAACACAUAUUCUUCUGUACAGCCUAUUUCACCAAAGCUGUGGGUUUUAUACAAGUUGAAUGUACAUCGUGUGAAGCCUGAUUAUUUUCCUGUAAGGUUAACGAGAAGUAGGAGAUUAACUGGAAUAGACUCCGUUAAAUCGAGAAACCAAAGCUAUUAGCCAGAAUUCUAUCUAUUUACAUCUAUUUCUUUUCACCUCGGAGUUCCCGAAUAGCAGAUCCGUGGGAGGGCAACAGUGUGAAAUAUGGUCUGCAGUUGUCUAGAAAAACACUGUGUAGACAGAUGCCCCGCCAUCGCCAUAGUUAACACCCGUUUUACACAUUUUCCAAACCCUGAAAGAGUAUUCAUUAAUAUUACAUAAGUUAUUUGGACUUUGAUCCUUAAAAGAGGAUCCUGAUGAAAACAGAACAGAUCUAAAUAAUGCCCCAUAUUUCUUCUCUGAAAGAAACGUGAGGCCAUAUACAUAUCUUACGGGGAGAUAAAAGGUACAAAACCAUAAUAAUCUUAAAGGAAACAAGGCAAUUAAGAACUAGUGAUGUUUCAGAGUGUUAUUCAAUUAUUGCUAAUUACUAUGUCAUCACUUAUAGUUUUGAAAACUUAAAGAUUGAAAAUAUUUGAAUAAUUGACUAAUGGCAUCAUUUCUGUGCCAUUGGUAUCGCAUUCACUUUUCUUCAAAGAAUUCUAGAAUCUUCUUAUCCAGUAACCAUAUAAAAAGGGAACUAAACAUUUUGUGACAUAAAAGCCAGGUAGUAAAAAUGUAGUUACAAAAAAAUUGGUAAUCUUCUUUCCACGAAAUAAAACAUUGAAAAAGUUGA